AUGCAUUUAGUUUGGAACUAUUUAUUAGACAAAAAAAUUGCCAAACUGCAUCAGUUUCUCCAAGACAAGGAAGAAAAGCUCAUCCAGCAAUGUAAGGAGGAGGAAGCAAACAUUCCGACAGAAAUUGAAAGUCUUCAAAAUGUUAAACAUGAUAUUUUCUUCCCGGUAGUAUUGUCUAGUAACUUGGAGAUCAAAAAUAAAGCAACAAAAGAAGAGAGACUGAAAAAGACAGUACAAAAUGUUGUAUCUGUGGAAAAAGAUGACAUGGCCAGUCAGAAGACAUGUGACAGUAAUUUGGAGUUGAGGCAAGAGGAGUCUGUUGAUAUACUAACAGUACCAGAAGUAUUUGAAGAUGUUGCUGUUGCUUUUUCAGAAGAGGAGUGGAAGUUGUUAAGAAAACAAGGCAAGGAGCUUCACAGGGUAGUGAUGGUACAGAACUAUGAAAACAUGGUUUCAGUAGAGAAAAGUGAAACAAAAGGGCAAUACAAGGCCAGAACAUUGGUUUCUUCAAGUCUAAAAAUGAAUAUUUUCAGAAAGCAAUUCUUUUUUUUAAUUGAAUAUGCUACAGUGAUCCAGUUUGAGUCAUUUUGUUUUCUGACAGCUGAAACUUCUGACUCAGCAGCUGCAGAGCGGGAACUGGAAGAACCAGCAGCCAGUGUUACAGGAAUAAGAUGGUUUGAAAGACUAGUCAAGAAAUCAAAUAAAACAGUAAAUGAAAACAACAAUCCUAGUAAUAAUAAUAUAAGAAAUAAUAAAGCUACCAAUGAAUGCCAGCAGCAGUAG